CAGCCAUCAGACGAACAAUCCCCGCAACGCGCAAGACGAUGUCCUCGAUACGCAAUGCAGUACACCGCCGCAAUCACAAAGAGCGUUCCCAGCCUCACGGGCGUGAGAAAUGGGGUCUCCUUGAGAAGCACAAGGACUACGCUCUUCGUGCAAAGGACCACAAGGAAAAGCAGAAGCGCUUGAAGAUCUUGAAAGAGAAAGCAGCAUUAGCGAACCCGGAUGAGUUCAGCUUCAGAAUGAUUUCGACCAGAACAAUAAAUGGGCAAAGAAUUGCGGAUCGAGGAAACAAAGCUCUAAGCACGGAUGUUGUCCGAAUUUUGAAGACACAAGAUGUGGGUUAUGUUAGGGUUAUGCUACAGAAGACAAGGAGGGAAAGAGAGAAGCUGGAAUCCGAGAUCCAAAUCUCCACAGAGGGAAGAAUAGUGCCGCUGAAAACUGGCACUGAGAACGGGGCAGAUGAGUUGGAAGAUGAGGAUGAAGAUGCAGAGAGAAGAGCCAAAAAAGUUGUGUUUGUCAACUCCGUAGACGAACAAAACGAAAUAUUGAACUUCGAUGAUGAAGAAAAAGACAAAGAAACUUCGCUUGUCUCGAAGAGGCUAUCAAGAAGUGAAUUGGAAAAAAAAUGUCAGGCAGAAAUAGCGGCGAGGCGAGCAACAAGGAAGCGAGCACAGCAACACGAAGUACGAAAAGCCCUUUUAGAGGCUGUUCGGAAGAAAGAAGAGAAACUUAUGCUUGCUGAGCAGGAGCUUGUACUGCAGCGUGCAAAGAUGAGCAAUUUGGUUGGUGGUAUCAACAAGCAUGGUCUCAAAUUCAGGAUUCGGGAACGCAAGAGAUGAAUCCGGCAAUGAACCCAGCACUGAACUCAGCAGUGAACCCAGCAGUCUUUGGCUGGAGCCAGAACACCAUUAAUACUAGGUUACAUUUUGCUCGGCAUACGCAUGGCACCGUCCAGCCUUAACACCGUGCCGUUAAGCAUUGAAUUCUCGAUGAUGUGCAUAACAAGACUCGAGAACUCCUCCGGCUUGCCAGCCCUUACUGGGAAUUCCAUUGUUCGCUCCAAACUCUUUCGCGCCCGCUCUGGCAUUAUUCGAGUCAUUGCGCUAUCAAACAAACUUGGUGCAAUGGUUACGGCGCGAAUACCGUGUCUUGCAAGAUCUCGGGCGAGUGGCAGAGUGAGCGCCGCUAUUGCACCCUUGGACGCGGAAUAAGCUACUUGCCCGGGCUGCCCGUCAAAGGCUGCUGAUGAUGAUAUCAUAAUCAAUACACCUCUUUCUCCAUCUUCAGUCAAGGGCUCGUUCUUGACCAUAUGUGGUACGCAAAGGCGUACUAGAUCCAGUGUUCCACGCAGGUUAACUUUAAGCACAAAGUCUAUUUGUUCAAUGGCUACAGGUUUCCCGGAACGCGCGUCGUAUAUCUGCGGGAUUCUGUUAGAAUGAGACGGGCGUGUAGUUGAGCGUACCAUUUCAAACUAGAACAAGAACAUAUACACAAAUAUCGAG